GAGGUUGCGAACUCGGAGACUGCCAGGAACUGUUGCCGCCACCGCCACCACCUCCCAUGGCCUCCAUACCAGGUGUGGGCGCCCCUGCAGCAGGGGCAGCCCCCAUGGGCUCCCAGUACUGUGUGUGCAAGGUGGAGCUGUCUGUGAGUGGCCAGAACCUGCUGGACCGGGACGUCACCUCCAAGUCUGAUCCCUUCUGUGUCCUCUUUACAGAGAAUGAUGGCAGGUGGAUUGAGUACGACAGGACAGAAACUGCCAUCAACAACCUCAACCCCGCAUUCUCCAAGAAGUUUGUCCUCGACUACCACUUUGAGGAGGUGCAGAAGCUCAAGUUCGCCCUGUUCGACCAGGACAAGUCCAGCACCCAGCUCGAAGAGCAUGAUUUCCUGGGCCAGCUCUCCUGCAGCCUGGGCGUGAUCGUCUCCAGCAAGAAGAUCACUCGGCCGCUGCUGCUGAUGAAUGACAAGCCUGCAGGGAAGGGCUUGAUUACGAUUGCUGCCCAGGAGCUGUCAGACAACCGGGUCAUCACACUCAGUCUGGCAGGCAGGAAGCUGGACAAGAAGGACCUCUUUGGAAAGUCAGACCCAUUUCUCGAGUUCUAUAAGCCAGGAGAUGAUGGCAAGUGGAUGCUGGUCCACAGGACUGAGGUGAUCAAGUACACACUGGACCCUGUGUGGAAGCCGUUCACUGUGCCGUUGGUGUCCCUGUGUGAUGGGGACAUGGAGAAGCCCAUCCAGGUCAUGUGCUACGACUAUGACAAUGAUGGAGGCCAUGACUUCAUCGGCGAGUUCCAGACCUUGGUGUCACAGAUGUGUGAGGCUCGUGAUGGCAUCCCGCUGGAGUUCGAGUGCAUCAACCCCAAGAAGCAGAGGAAAAAGAAGAACUAUAAAAACUCGGGCAUUAUUAUCCUGAGAUCCUGCAAGAUAAACCGGAACUACUCCUUCCUGGACUACAUCCUGGGAGGCUGCCAGCUCAUGUUCACCGUUGGGAUAGACUUCACAGCCUCCAACGGGAAUCCCUUCGACCCCUCCUCUCUGCACUAUAUCAACCCCAUGGGCACCAACGAAUACUUGUCGGCCAUCUGGGCUGUGGGACAGAUCAUUCAGGACUAUGACAGUGAUAAGAUGUUUCCGGCCCUAGGGUUCGGGGCCCAGUUACCCCCGGACUGGAAGGUCUCCCAUGAGUUUGCCAUCAACUUCAACCCAACCAACCCCUUCUGCUCAGGUGUGGACGGCAUCGCCCAGGCAUAUUCGGCUUGCUUGCCCCACAUCCGCUUCUAUGGCCCCACCAAUUUCUCUCCCAUCAUCAACCACGUGGCCCGGUUUGCAGCCCAGGCCACACAGCAGCAGACUGCCACGCCACAGCAAACUUCUAGAAAGCUGCAACUUCCAGGGACACAGUGAUGGCUCCACAGUAUGAAAUCGCAGACCCUAGGCCAGAAGGCCAGGCAUCUGAGGUCUUGUCAGAGUACUGGAAGGCAUGAUAGCAAAUCCUCCUCGACACCAUCUUUCUGAUGGAGGAAUGAAUGACGCCCAGCAGCACGCAGGUGCAGAGACAGGACUGGAGGGUCUAUUUAAUCUCUUCCUCAGAGGCCCCCUUUCUGUCCCUCAAACACACCAGCCUUGCUCUCCCUGCAGUGCUUUUGCCUGCCGUCUCCUCUGCCUGGCCAGCUCUGUCCCAUCCCUCAGUGUCCCCUCACAUGCCAUCCCCCAGCAGCCUUCCUUGACCAUCCCUGUCUCUUGCAUUCUCUGUUUUUUUCCCGUCUGGACUCUGACAACAGUGGUGAUAUUUCCUUCCUUCACAUACUCGUCUCCACGACUACUAUGCAUCUCCGCUUGGACUCUGGUCCCACAGGAUGGGCUGUUUGCAUGGUCACUGUCAUCCCCCACUGGUCUAUGGCAGGCACGCACUGUGCUCUAGAACAUGUGGAUUUAAUUCAGGUCUGUGGGCUGUGCACUGUGCAGGGAGGUAGGAGGAGGUGACUCAUCCAGGUCCUCUCCCAAAGGGAAAGAAACCUGGUCCCAUUGGAACUGCCCAGAGGAAGCAGGCACCUACUUGGUCACUAGGGAGGUGGAUGAUGUUGGCUGGCACAGAUUGGAGGGGGAGAUUAUGAAAGAGGACUCCAGGGCUGGCCUGGGGAGGGAAGAUAGCAGGACAUGGUCUGAUUAUUGGGAGGCAGCAGAGGGUCUGAGGAAGGGGACCCUGGAGUCAGCCUGCCAGAGUUUGAAUCCUGCCCUUACCUCUUCCCCGCUGAGUGAUAUGAGCAAGUCAUUUAACCUCUUUGAGCCUCAGUUUCAUCAUUUGUACAACCCGAAUACUAACAGGGCCUACUUUGAAGGGGUGGUGGUAGAAUUAAAUGAGAUAAUGCAAUACCUGGCACCCAAAACACCUGAAGGAUGAGAAAGGAUAGGUGGCAACAAGUUCCCGGAAGAGACCCAUCCAGCAGGGACCAGGGACAGGCAGGAGGGAGGUCAGUGCAUGAGGGUUGGUGGUAAAGAAAGGCAGUCCUGGUCUUUUCUGCUGCAGGGGACAUGAUCUGCUCUAGUCCCUGCCCUGCCGUGGCAGCUGAGGGCCAGAGACAAGCCCCUUCUGAGCUCUGAGCUCGUUUCCUUUAUGAAAUGGGAGAAGGAAAGCUGCAGGGGUGCCUGAGCCUCUGGGGCAACCUGAAUGGGACAGUUUGUGGAAGGCCUGGGAGUGGCUUUUCGUAAAAUCCUGGGGGUUUGGGCUGGAAUUGUUUGGAUGCCUGCAGCCAGCCAGCCAUUGUCCCGCCCAGUCUAUUAUCCGCCUGAGCCAGCUUUCAAAGGACUGGAAAAAAAAGACCUGCAUUCUUGUUUAAGGGGAAAAACCAUAAGAUGGGACUAAGAAUGAAGCCAGCAUCUUUCCAGAGCCCUUUCACCUGCUGAGACCUGAUAGGACUGGGCAGGAGGUGGGUUUGGGGGAGAGGUAGGCCCCUGCUAGCUAGAUCCUAGGUCUCCAGGGGGCCUGGGGCCUGGGGAAGUCCAGGAAGGGGUCUUUGUGUUCUGGGGAACUACUGAGGGCCCCCAGAAGGAAGAACUUGGCCCUUUCUGUGAACAAGUCUGAAUCCUGACCAGUCCUAAUUCUCUCAGAACCCCAGCCACUUUAUCAUGACUUGGUCCUCCCAACCUGGGGAGGCAGCUUCCUCCUGUCCCCCACCCCAGCUCCGGCCAUCUCCAGACAUCUCUGGACUGCAGAAGUGGGGCCAGGGCCCCUCUCACACCAAGAAUAGAUACUGAUAGGUCUCCAUCUCCUGCCUGUACUGUCCCACAUCUUACCUUGCACCAAAUGUGGGGCAGGUGGGCUGUCUGAUGGUUCAGCCCCAAGCUCCGGAGACCUAUAAUCCUGGUUCAUACCCCAGCUCCCCCACUUCAUGGCUGUGUGACCCAGGGCAAGUUGCUCAAGCUCUCUGAACUUGUUUCCUCACCUGAACAAUGUGGAUGAUGGAACAGCAAGCACUUGCCUAAUAGAAGCAUGGUGAGGAUUCAACCAAAUUAGCACAUAAAUUGCUCAGUGCAGUGCCUAACACACAAGUGCUCGAUGAAUAUGAGUGGCUGAAUCUUCUGUGCACACCUUUUGGGCCAGCAUUUGGUGAUGGGGAGCACAGUAAGGUCCAAGGCACAAGAAAAUAAUUGAUGGAUUAACUGAUGCUUUUAUAUAGCCACUUUUGGGGAAAUACUUGGUGUGGAUUCACCCUCCCUGUUCUCAGACAUAUGCACAUGCAUGCACACCCACGUACAGGAAAUAGAGAGCAGGUGGUAGGAAGCAUCUCUCUAGGCAGGGCUGCACUCUACAUUCAUUGAUACGACACAUCUUUACCAAGAAUAUUUCUGUGCGGUACUGGGGGAAACCGUAAUGCACAAGAUACGACCUCUGUCCUCCCAGAGCUUGAGCCUAGAGGAGAGCCGUGCCCGGAAGCAGCAGCUGUGAUGACAGAAGUACAGUCAUAAAGGUGGCACCUAACCCAGACAGAGGGCUCAGGGAAGGCUUCUUGGAAAAGCAUGUGUGAACGUGUGUGCGUGUGGAGCAUCCCAGGCAGAGGGAACAGCAUAUGCAAAGGCCUGGAGGCACGGUGCAUGGGCAUAACUGAAGGAAAGAGUGUGGUGUGAGAGGGCUGAGUGGGGGUUAGGUGAGGUUGAAAGGUAAGCCAGCUCCCAAAGGGCCAUGGAAGCCAGUGAGGAAUCUGGAUUUGCCCUUGAGGAUAGAGAGGAACCACCAAAGGGGUUCUGGUGGGGUCAGGAGACUCCUAUCAUGGGGCCUUCAUUAUUCCCUUUGCUCUGGCCCAUAAGACUCGGGCCAUCUUGUCCAUGGCCCAUUUCUGGUUGGUCUCCUGGGUGUCUGGUGUUCCAGUGGAGGGGGAGCUGGGAAGCAGCCAGGACCCUGGGAAUUUCCCCCUUUCCACUCCUGUCCCCAGGGUCUUCAGCAACCAACUUCUCAGAAAUACAUCAGGGAGUGAGUGCAACUUCCCCAGACUGCCUGGAACUAUUGUGGUCAAGUCAACUUCUUAUUAAUCAAGUCACAACAUUAAAUGGAUUAGUGGCUAUUUACAGUCCUAGAAACCUGACGAACCUCUCGUAAAGGCAAAAGACGCAAGGAGAUCCUUGACAUGUGCUAGGAGUUUGGGUUUGGGGUUUGCCCUGACAGUGAUGGACAGUUUCUCGAGCACAGACAAGGUGCCAGGCCCAUGAGAUGGAGACGAGGGUACAAGGGACGACCCUGAGGAUCGGUCAGGGCUUGGGGGUAGAGAGGAAUGUCCUAAGGAGGAGCCUCCCCUCCCCCGCCCCCAGUGGACAAUGCUGGCAGUGGAGGCAGAGCUCAGGACUGGGGAGGGUCUUCACAUCUGCUUAGGACGAAGUAGGAGACACUCAGAUGUUGUGGCUGGGAAGGGUAUGCCAGGCAGAAGGAAGUAAAUCAAGAAAGGCUCACACAGAGGUGGGAAAUCAGGGCAGAGAGUAGACCAGGACUGUCUGUGGGGACAGCAGAGCCCCUUCCCACCUCCUCCUGCCUGAUUCCGCCCUUUCUUCUCCC